CGAAAAAAGCAAGUAAUGUCAAUUAUAUAACCUCAAAUUUGCCAAAACAUCGUGGUGUUCACGUUUUGAAAAUGGUGCGCAAAAAAAUCGACAACAGAAUUCGCGUUUUGAUAGAAAAUGGGGUCAAACUGGGGCACCGCACCCUGUUUGCCAUCGUCGGCGACAAAGGCAGAGACCAGGUCGUGAUUCUCCACCACAUGCUCGCCAAAGCCGAAGUCAAAGCACGUCCCUCGGUCCUGUGGUGCUACAAGAAAGAACUGGGCUUCAGCAGCCACCGCAAGAAACGCAUGAAACACCUCCAGCACAAAAUUCAAGCCGGCAAACUCAACGUCAACGAAGACGACCCCUUCGAGCUUUUCCUCUCCUCAACUAAAAUACGAUACUGUUACUACUCCGAAACGCACAAGAUCUUAGGAAACACGUACGGCAUGUGCGUGCUCCAAGAUUUCGAAGCUCUGACCCCAAACUUGCUAGCGCGGACUAUAGAAACCGUGGAAGGGGGCGGUUUAGUUGUGAUUUUGUUGCGUUCAGUGACGUCACUCAAGCAGUUGUACACCAUGAGUAUGGACGUGCAUCAGCGGUUUAGGACUGAGGCGCACCAAGACGUAGUUUGUCGUUUCAACGAAAGAUUUCUUCUGUCUCUAGCGUCAUGUAAGCGUUGUUUAGUGGUGGAUGACCAGUUGUCAGUUUUGCCCAUUUCGUCGCAUAAUUUACACGUGACGCCGGAAGAAGCCAAUCAGGAAGCUUCGAAUAGUGAGCUUGAACUGGAAGAUCUGAAAACGCAGCUGAGGGAUACGCAGCCGGUUGGAAAUUUGGUUAAUUGUUGUAAAACUUUGGAUCAAGGGAAAGCUGUGCUUAAGUUUAUUGAAGCGAUUUCUGAAAAGUCGUUGAGGUCGACGGUUUCGUUGACGGCGGCAAGAGGUAGAGGGAAGUCAGCUGCUUUGGGGUUGUCUGUAGCUGCAGCUGUAGCUUUUGGGUACUCAAAUAUUUUUGUGACUAGUCCGAGUCCCGAAAAUUUGAAUACGUUUUUUGAGUUUGUUUUUAAGGGGUUUGACGCUCUUGAGUAUCAAGAGCACAUUGAUUAUAGCUUGGUACAAAGUACUAAUCCUGAGUUUAAUAAGGCGAUCGUGAGGGUUAAUAUUUUUAGGGACCACAGGCAAACUAUUCAGUACAUUCAACCUACUGAUAGCCAGAGACUUUCUCAAGCCGAACUACUGGUGAUAGAUGAAGCGGCAGCCAUUCCUCUCCCUUAUGUCAAAUCUAUGUUAGGACCGUACUUAGUUUUUUUGGCUUCCACCAUAAAUGGGUAUGAGGGCACAGGGCGCUCUUUGUCGUUAAAAUUACUACAACAACUACGCAUUCAAGCUGUACCAGUAGGUGCCAACACAAAUGCCAUCAAUAAAAAAGACUCUGGUGCAGCUACAGGUCGUACUUUACAUGAAGUAACUUUAGAAGAAUCAAUUCGGUAUAAACCCGGCGACAAUGUAGAAACGUGGCUCACCAAACUUCUCUGUCUGGAUGCCACCUCAGUUGCCCCUAUUUUAUCAGGAUGUCCUCCUCCUGAUAACUGUGACCUGUACUACAUUAAUCGAGAUACUCUAUUUUGUUAUCACAAAGCGUCUGAAGAGUUUCUCCAAAGACUUGUGGCUCUUUAUGUAGCCUCACACUACAAAAACACUCCCAACGACUUACAAAUGAUGUCAGACGCUCCCGCUCACCACCUAUUCUGUCUCUUAGGACCAGUGGACCCAAAUCGAAAAACCCUCCCAGAAGUACUUGUAAUCAUCCAAGUGUGUUUGGAAGGCAAAAUUUCAAAAAGCACAGUCGUUGAAGGUAUUUCAAGGGGGAAACGAGCUUCAGGGGACUUGAUACCCUGGACUGUCAGUCAGCAGUACCAAGAUCCUGAUUUUCCACGUCUCUCUGGUGCUAGAAUUGUGAGAAUCGCGACUCAUCCAGAUUAUCAAGGGAUGGGUUAUGGUGCUAAAGCUUUAAGUAUUCUGAAACAAUAUUAUGAGUUUAAAAUACCCAGUACUGAUGAAAGCGAAGACACUGUGGAAGAAAUCAGUAAUGUGGCUGAAGAUGAAGUGGGUUUGUUGGAAGAGACUAUUGAACCAAGGAAAAAUUUGCCACCUUUGCUGUUAAAAUUGAGUGAUAGACCACCAGAGAAGUUGGAUUAUUUAGGUGUUUCUUAUGGAGUGACUGAACAAUUGUUGAAAUUUUGGAAACGUGCGGGAUACGUUCCAGUGUAUUUGAGACAAACGACGAAUGAUUUGACAGGAGAACAUUCUUGUAUAAUGUUGAAUGUUUUAAAUAAUGAUGAUAAUAAUGACGAUUGGUUGUUGGCGUAUUGGACGGACUUUAGAAAGCGAUUUAUAAAUUUGUUGUCUUUCCAAUUUAGUAAAUUUUCACCAGCGCUGGCCUUAAGUGUUCUGACUAAUAAAACAAGGAUAAUUAGCGCCAGAAGUCUUAGUAGAGCGGAAUUAGAAAUUCAUCUAACUAGCUACGACAUCAAAAGGUUAGAAAUGUAUAGUAACAAUUUAGUUGAUUACCAUUUAAUUACUGACUUGGUUCCAACGCUUUCUAAAUUAUAUUUUAUGAAUCAGAUGGGGGACAUGCAAAUGUCUGCAGUUCAGUCAGCAAUUUUACUAGGCAUUGGUUUACAACAUAAAACCGUCGAUACACUUGCGUCAGAUUUAGAUUUACCGUCAUCGCAACUUCUUGGUCUUUUCAACAGAUUGAUCAGAAGAUGUGUUCAAUAUUUGAACUCUGUCCUUGAAGAAGAUAUUGAAAAAAGUUUAAUUCCUAAAAAAGACGUCAAUAUGACCCCUGUAGCUAAAUCUAUGAAGGAAGAGUUAGAUGAAGCCGCUCAAGAACUACAAAAGUUGCAAAAAAAGGAGCUCCAGAAGUUAAAAAAUGAAUCUUUGUCGCAGUUUGCCAUCAAGGGUUCAGAGGAAGAGUGGGGCAAGGUUUUAACUACGAAAGGAAAGAAGAAUAUGAUUACGGUUAAAAGUGAGUGAUUGUUUUUUCUAGUGGGGAAAAAAGAAUGCACGAAAGUAAAGAAGACACGACACUGGAGGAUUUUCCAAAGAAGAAAAAAAUGAAGAAUAAGAGCAAGAAAAAACAAACUAAUUAAAUUAAAAAAAUAAUUUAUUUCGUUGUUUUUUUAUAAAUACGUUUUUAUAAAUUUUAUCUAUACUUGAA